AUGGUGAACAUCAUUGGACGCCACCGAAAGAUGGAUAUAACAUCUAUGUUCGAUCGAAUAUGUGCAAGUAACGUCGUCAUUGCAUCGCAACAACGUGACGAACCAGAUUUUACACAGGAACAGAAAUAUCAUAUCCUUCAACAGUUAUAUUCGACAAAUCCAGCCACAUUUAUCUAUCGGUUCGGUUCACUGUUAACUGACGAUGAUUUACAACGAUAUUUUGAUCCAAAUGCUGAUUAUAUUCGUCAAAUAGCCACUCCACAACGCCAUAAACAACGCGCAAAUCGUCGAUAUACAUACAUGCAACAACUAGUUGCAAACGGAUCGUAUUUCAGCGAUGAGGCAAUGAAAGAACGUUCACCACUACUAUAUGAACAAAUGAUUGGUAGAUACGAAAUUAAUGACACAAAUAAACAAUUAGUGACAAGAACUGCGAAUGGUCCCUUAGCUGAUUUUUAUAUGGAACAUCUAGAAGCUAUAAAUCAUCAAGAAAGAGUUGAAGAAGAAUUUCAAAAAGAGGAACGGGCACGUCGCGAGGAGGACAGCGAAAGUGAAGAAGAUGAAGAUGAUAAUGAAUGUUCCAAUGCACAAAGAGAAUUGUAUAGAAAAGAAUUUCUUGCUAUUCAGAAAGAGAAAUUUCUCAAUGGUGAAGACUCGAAUAUUGAUUAUGCAUCGAUUGAUAACAACGAAAAUCUUGACGAUAUGAAAAUUCGUGAACGUGACGAAGAAGAAGGAUAUUUUGACGAUGAAGAUUCGUAUACCUAUGGUGAUGAUGAACGAUAA